AUGAAUUGGACUGGAUUACUUAAUUGGUCACUCAGCUAUUCUGACGGAACAAGACCUUCAGAAGUCAAACCUAUGGACGAAGAAACAAAGAAAUGGCUCAAAGAAGCAUUGGAAUCUUUUUGUGUAGACGAAACAACAGUUCUUAAAAAAGCGACUGACUGUUUAUCAGCAGCCGAAGAAGGAAAUGACGAAGAAAGAGAGUUAAAAGAAGCGAUUUUGUAUGAUUUAUUAGGAGUCAUCGAAAAUUUAGAAGCAGCCAGAAAUUUAGUAAAAGUUGGAGGAAUCCCACAUUUGGUAAGGUGUAUGGCUGGGUCAAGAUAUUUAUCAGUUAGGAAACUCUGUGCAUCAGUAUUCUCAAGCGCUGUUCAAAAUAACCCUGCAGUCCAAGAAGCUGCUAUGAAUGCUCAAGCUUUAGAUGCAUUAUUAGAGCUUGUGCAAGUAGAAAGCGACCAAGGACUCCAAGAACAAUACUUUUCUUGUCUAAGUGCUUUAGUAAGAGGAGAAUACACACUGGCAAGGCAAAAAUUCAUAGAAAAGGACGGUCUGCUCCUCGCACAAAGAGUCAUCAGAGGUACAGAAUCAAUGAAAAUCACCAAAAAAAUAGUCUUGCUAUUAUCAGAUAUAUUUCACCAAUGCAAAUUAAAUAAAGAAGUAGAAACAAUCAACUUACUCCCCCCUCCGUGAGCGAACAAAAAACAUUAGAAAUUCCUAUUUUUUGCAGGAAACCCACCCACCCUCCGCGAGAAAACAAAAUUUUUUUAUGAAAAAAAAAUUGAUAUAUAAGAGAUAAUUAGUAUAAUGAAAUCUAGAGCUAAUUCUGUUUAAUUUUAAACAAAUAGCGUUUUAAACAUAAAUUUUAAAUUAGAUUAAUAUUUUUUUCCAAUUUUUGUGGGAUUUUUAAAAAUUUCAAAAAAAAUUAAUCCCCCACUGUGAGAACAAGAUUUUUUUGUUCGCUCACGGAGGGGGCAGUUAGCUAACCAUUUGGGCAUGAGCCAAGAUAUAGGUCAACUUAUGGAUAGAAAUGACGAAGAGCUUACAGAAAUGGCUGCGUGGGCGAUAAACAACCUUAUAGAAGCAAAUGAAGACACACAUUAA